AUGGCAACAACAGCUGGGGUACUAUCUUAUGGAAAUAUAAAAGGGCUGGGUUUCCAGGACCAGGGAAUAUUUAAAGCAAGCAAAGAGCUGUUUGGAUGGAAGAAUAGAAGAACAAAUGCAACUUAUCAUUAUAAACCAGAAGAGGUUAUGGCAAUUGAAUGGAUACAAACAAAUAGUGAGGACAGUAGCUGCCAACUUAGGGUAUUUAUUAAGGAAAAGAAAGACUGUAUCCAUUUCACAGGUUUUAGGACCGAGGAUUAUGACGUAAUUAAGAGCCAUUUUGAGACAUAUUAUGGACUUAAUUUGGAAACUAAAGAGUUGAAUACAAAGGGUAUUAACUGGGGAGAUUUGAGUAUUCACAAUGACACAAUAUGCAUAGGUAAUGAAGGUAAAGUAAUGAUGUAUGUCCCAAGUGUUAAUAUUAACCAAAUAGCAAUGCCAUCCAAAUCAGAGUUAGUCUUAGAGUUUAAUGAGGGGGUGAAUGCAGGAGAAGAUUGUGAUGAAUUAAUGGAGAUACGCUUAUUCGUACCAAACCAAGAAAACUCCUUGGAUGGGAAUUCCUUGACAUCUGCAGAAAAGUUGAGAUCUGAUUUGUUAACAUUAACAGGAAUAGGAUCAAGUGGAUCUAUGGACAAAGUAUGCCGUUGGAAUGAUAUUCAUUUAUUGGUUCCAAGAGGUAGAUACGAAAUUGAGGUUUUGGUUAACUGUUUAAAACUUCAUGGUAAAUCUUUUGAUUAUACAAUUUUAUUCCAAUCAAUCUCCAGAUUAUUUCUACUUCCAAGACCUGGAACGUCUUUAGUCAACCUUGUAGUAGCAUUGGAAACUCCAAUGAGACAAGGAAACACAAAAUACCCAUUUGUUGUGAUGCAAUUUGAUACGCAACAGAAUGACAAUAUUGAAAUGCCUUUAAAUCUUUCAGAAAAAGAAAUCCAGAGAUUUAGUGGACUUUCUCCAAUCAUGACUGGUAAAUUCUGGGAUAUUGUCACUCGUAUUUUAAAGUCUUUAACAGGGCACUCAAUAAUAGUUCCAGGGGAUUUCAGAUCUGCAUCUCAGUACCACUGUAUUAGAUGUUCUUACAAAGCUCAAGAUGGUCUGCUUUAUCCUCUGAAUCGCAGCUUCAUUUUUAUUACAAAGCCUGUAAUACUAAUUAGAUUUGAUGAUGUUUUAAACAUUGAGUUUUCAAGAAUGGGUGGAAAUCAAACCAGAUUUUUUGAAUUAACUAUUACAAUAAGAGGUGGAGGAGACUACAGCUUUACAAGUAUCGAUAAAGCGGAAUACAAUCCACUUAUCAAAUUCCUGCAGGAGAAGAAUAUUAGGAUCAAAAAUCUUCAGGAAAGCCUCGAUUCCUCAUCUAGAAGAACAACUUCUAGAUCAAAGGAUCAAGAUUCUUCUAAAAAGGACUCAUCAACCAAAUCAAUUCUUGAGCAAGAUUUACCAAGCGAUGAUGAAGAUGAUGAAGACUUUGAAAAUGACGAAGAUUCUUACUCUAGCAGUGGCAGCUCUGGUGGAGAGGAAGAGGACAACAGUGAAGGUGAAGAUGAAGAUGACGAUGAUGAUGAUGGCGAAUGA